AUGAGAUUACCGGAUUAUCUCAUUCAGAAAUGGAAAGGCGCAGUAAUAGAUAUUAGAGAGAAACAAAGAUCCCCUACGAUUGAAGAUAUUAGUACCUUUUUGCGAAAACAAGUAAAGGCGGAAUUUGAUCCCGACUUUGGAGAUAUGUCUCUAAAACCUCCCAAGUACGACCCGCGAAAGGGCGAAGCAAGAGAAAGACACGGAAUUAACGCAGCACAAAGGAACGAGCAUUCGAAAGCCUUGAAAUGUUAUGUGUGUAAUGAAGACCACAAAGUGAUAGAAUGUCCUACCUUGGCUGAUUCCACCGUCCCAGAACGUUUCAACCUAGUGAGAGAAGCAAGAUUAUGCUUUUCUUGCCUGAAUAAAGGUCACGUGACGAGAGACUGUAGAUCGAAGAAAAAAUGCGAGAAAAAUGGAUGCACAAGACUUCAUCAUCAACUGUUACACGAAGAGCCUGGAACAAUGAGCGGUAUAUCAUCAGUGCUCGACAAGGGAAGCAUUCUACCAGUUGUUAGAGUUUGUUUCAGAGCACCAAACGGUCGAACACGCGAAGGAAAUGUCCUCAUCGACAGCGGCGCAGGUACCACGGUAAUUCGAAAGGAUUUUGCUCGAUCACUUGGUCUGCAAGGCAAACGAGAAAAAAUUGAUCUAGCCGUUGUUGGAGGAGAAAGAGUUGAACAACCCCAAAGCAGAAGAGUGACCUUCUCAAUCUCAGCACUCAACGGAGCAGAAGAGCACAGAAUAGAAGCCCACGAGAUCGAGAAAACCGUUUUAAGUGUCCCACGUUUGGAUCGUCCGUGGUUGAAAUCAUUUGCACACCUUCGAGACAUCGACUUCUCACAUAAAGCUGGUCCAAUUGAUCUUAUCUUAGGCGUCCAGUUCAGUCAUUUGCACGCAGAAGAUGAAGUACGUCAAGGCCGUCAAUUUGAGCCUGUUGGGAAAAGAACGAAGCUAGGAUGGUUUGUCAUCGGUUCUGAUAGUUCACAGAAAACGUCCAAAGUAUGUUCAAUAAGUUUUGUCCAACCCGUCAACCUAGAGAAAUUCUACGAGUUUGAAACCCUCGGGAUCCAAGCCCCCCAAUGUCAUUGUCCACAGAUAGCUAUGUCACCUGACGACAGAAGAGCCAUCGAGUUAAUGGAGAACUCCU